AGAACAUUGCUCCUUACGGCCACCCCAUGUGUGUCCCUGUCGGGCCAGAUCAACGGUGCCAUCUGCAUCGGUCAAGACGUUACGAGGCUCAAGGACCUGGACGAGCGGAAAGCUUCGAUGAUGGCCAUGGUUUCCCAUGAGCUCAAAAGCCCUUUGCAUGGAAUCAUUGGCCUCUGCAGUUCCCUUCUGGAUGGCAAUGCAGCCGUGGAGGAAGGCCAGGUUCCGAGGUCAUUGGAGAUGGUGUACAACUGCGCAAAUCGCUUGCUGGACAUGGUGGCCAACAUCAUGGACACGUCCGUGCUGGUGAACAACAAGAAGAUGCGAAUGUCCAAGGAUCCGGUACAGGUCAAGGACAUCAUCGAAGAAGUCAUCACUCUUUGCCGGAAAGCUAGCAACGGCAAAGACAGAGGACCAUUGCUCAGACCAGGUGUUCAACUUAUCAACAACAUUCACGACACGCUGCCAAUUAUCGAAGCUGAUGCUUACCGCUGCACGCAACUGUUGUACAACUUGAUCACGAACGCGAUCAAGUUCACUCAUGAGGGCUCGGUGGUGGUAUCAGCUGGCUACGAUGAUGCAGAGCAGCGAGUCUUCGUCGAAAUCGAAGACACAGGCCCGGGGCAUUGCAAUCAACUGAGGGUGUCGGCCCCUGGCAGAUCGGAUAUAAACUUGCAUCUAAGUAGGGUUCGUGUUCAGAAGGCCUGA